GGUCAGUGAGUUCGGGCUCCUCCUCUCCCGCUGCUGCUGCUGGAUCCAUCUGGGUCCGGACAGGAUGUCCAUCCACUUGAGCUCACAGGUGUUCAGCUCGCGCUCCGCUGCCUUCCCGGGUCGCAGUCCCCAGGUGCGCCUGAGUUUGGGACGCCAGAGAGGCUUUGGUAGCAGUAGCCUUUAUGGCUUGGGCUCUGCACGACCGCGCAUGGCCGUGCGCUCCUCCUAUGGGGGUCCAGUGGGUGCCGGUAUCCGCGAGGUCAGCAUCAAUCAGAGCCUGCUGGCUCCACUACGGAUGGACAUCGAUCCCACCCUCCAGCAAGUGCGCCAGGAGGAGCACGAGCAGAUCAAGACCCUCAACAACAAGUUCGCCUCCUUCAUCGAUAAGGUGCAGUUCUUAGAGCAGCAGAACAAGAUGCUAGAGACCAAGUGGGCACUGCUGCAGGAGCAGAAGUCAGCUAAGAGCAGCCGCCUUCCCAGCAUCUUUGAGGCCCAGAUUAAUAGCCUGAGAAGACAGCUGGAGGCACUGCAGAUGGAUGGGGGCCGCCUGGAGGUGGAGCUGAAAAGCGCGCAGGAGGUGGUGGAAGACUUCAAGAAUAAGUACGAAGAGGAAAUCAAUCAUCGCACAGCCGCUGAGAACGAAUUUGUGGUGUUGAAGAAGGAUGUGGAUGCUGCCUUCAUGAACAAGGUAGAGUUGGAGUCCAAGAUGGACAGCCUAAAUGACGAGAUCAACUUCCUCAAGACUCUUUAUGAGACGGAGUUGGCAGAGCUGCAGUCCCAGAUUUCAGACACAUCCGUGGUGCUGUCCAUGGACAAUAGCCGCUCCUUGGAAUUGGACGGCAUCAUUGCCGAAGUUAAGGCCCAGUAUGAGGAGAUGGCCAACCGCAGCCGGGCUGACACCGAGGCCUGGUACCAGACCAAGGUUGAGACUCUCCAGGCCCAGGCUGGGGAGCAUGGGAAUAACCUCCGGAACACCCGCAACGAGAUUUCAGAGUUGAACAGGAUGAUCCAGAGGCUGCAGGCCGAGAUCGAAAACGCCAAGAAUCAGAAUGGCAAGUUGGAGACCACCAUUGCUGAGGCCGAGGAACGUGGUGAGUUUGCCCUCAAGGAUGCUCGACACAAGCAAGAAGAGCUGGAGGCUGCCCUGCAGCAAUCCAAGCAAGGCAUGGCGCAAAUGCUGCGUGAGUACCAGGAUCUGCUGACCGUCAAGCUGGCCCUGGACAUGGAGAUUGCCACCUACCGCAAGCUACUGGAGGGCGAGGAGAACCGGCUGGUGGAAGAUGGAGCAGGAGCUGUGAACAUCUCUAUGGUGAAUUCCAUCGGGGGCAGUGGCAGAGGGCUGGUCUUCGGAGGAACCAUGGGAAGCAAUGCCCUGAGCUUCUCAAGCGGCGGGGGACCCAGGGCCCUUAAGGCCUAUUCCAUCAGGACCACAUCCGCCACUCGCAGGAGCACCCACAACUGAGCUUUGGGUGUGCAGAGCCCCCUCUCCCUCUGCCCUCAUCGCUGGAAGCUUAUCACUGCCCAUCCCUGUCCUGAGAUGGAAAAAAAAAUGCCUGAAACUGGUAUACAAAUAGCUUCAAUAAAGAGUCCCU